AACGGGUUUCAUUUCAAGUUCAAAGUAAGUCGUGAGCGGUUCUUUUCCAACACGGAGCUUCCAUUGUGUUGCGCGCAUGCGUCUCUCUCAGCCAAUUUGAAAUCGUGAAAAAUCCUUCUGCCAUACCACCACUACACACGUACACAAACGCGCAGACACUUCCAUACGCAGCAUCGGCAAUUCUGUCCCUGCGAAGAAAAAGCAAAUUAAGAAUUAAACGCUGCCUGUGAUUUGUUUACGUUUUUUUUUCUUGAUUUUUUGUAUUGUGCGAGUGUGAGCUCACGGAUUCGUGGAGACAACUGCCUGGAAGUGAAUAAAUAAGAAGAAGGGUGUGGACAGACAGAGACAAACGCAGGAACGCACGAAAAGACACACACACACACACGGGCAAGCAGACCGGCAAAAAGCAGCCGAAAAAGAGAAACGACAAAGAGAGUGCAAAAUAUAGAAAAGGUCGCGCGGCGCCGGUUCUUUAACCCAAGGAUAAUCGAAUCAAGCGAAUCGGUAAUUAAGCCGGAAUCAAGAUCAUCAGAUCAACAGCCAGGAGGAGACCAGCCAGGAGCCACAUAGAAAGCACCGAGAAUCAGCUCGUCCGAAGAAAAGACGACGACGCGACGGCCUUACCUAACCACAUGGCUCCAAUAAGCACCAUGAACGGCCAGGGCCUGGUCCAGGGGCAGGUCUGCGAGCUGAACCACAGCAACGGGGACAUCAUAUCACAGAACCAACAGAAGGGCUGGUGGACCAUCGGUCUGAUCAAUGGCCAGCACAAGUACAUGACUGCGGAGACCUUUGGCUUCAAGUUGAAUGCGAAUGGAGCCAGUCUGAAGAAGAAGCAGCUGUGGACCCUCGAACCCUCCAACACCGGUGAAAGUAUUAUCUAUUUACGAUCUCAUCUGAACAAGUACCUAUCGGUCGAUCAGUUUGGCAACGUGCUGUGCGAGAGCGAGGAGCGGGACGCGGGCAGCCGCUUCCAGAUCAGCAUCAGCGAGGAUGGCAGCGGCCGUUGGGCGCUGAAGAACGAGUCGCGCGGCUACUUUCUGGGCGGCACGCCCGACAAACUCGUCUGCACGGCCAAGACGCCCGGUGGCAGUGAGUUUUGGACAGUACAUUUGGCUGCACGGCCGCAGGUCAAUUUGCGUUCCAUCGGACGCAAGCGGUUCGCGCAUCUGUCAGAGUCGCAGGACGAGAUCCAUGUGGAUGCCAAUAUACCCUGGGGCGAGGAUACGCUCUUUACUCUGGAGUUCCGGGCCGAUGAGGGCGGGCGCUAUGCACUGCACACGUGCAACAAUAAAUAUCUGAAUGCCAAUGGCAAGCUGCAGGUUGUGUGCAACGAUGACUGCCUGUUCAGUGCCGAAUAUCAUGGCGGACAUUUGGCGCUGCGUGACCGCCAGGGCCAGUACUUGUCGCCCAUCGGCUCCAAGGCUGUGCUGAAGUCUCGCUCCUCGACGGUGACGCGCGACGAGCUCUUCUCGCUGGAGGACUCGCUGCCCCAGGCCUCGUUCAUUGCAGGCCUCAAUUUGCGCUAUGUGAGCGUCAAGCAGGGCGUCGAUGUGACGGCCAACCAGGAUGAGGUCGGCGAGAACGAGACAUUCCAGCUCGAGUACGAUUGGUCGGCGCAUCGCUGGGGCCUGCGCACCACACAGGAUCGGUACUGGUGCCUCUCCGCCGGCGGCGGCAUCCAGGCCACCGGAAAUCGACGCUGCGCCGACGCAUUGUUCGAGCUGAUUUGGCAUGGCGACGGUUCGCUCUCGUUCCGGGCCAAUAAUGGCAAGUUUUUGGCCACCAAGCGUUCGGGCCAUCUGUUUGCCACCUCCGAGUCCAUUGAGGAGAUAGCCAAGUUCUACUUUUACUUGAUCAAUCGGCCCAUUCUGGUGCUGAAGUGCGAGCAGGGAUUCGUCGGCUAUCGCACGCCCGGCAACCUCAAGCUCGAGUGCAAUAAGGCCACCUACGAGACCAUUCUGGUGGAGCGCGCCCAGAAGGGGCUCGUCCAUCUGAAGGCGCACAGCGGCAAAUAUUGGCGCAUCGAGGGCGAGAGCAUCUCUGUGGAUGCCGAUGCGCCAAGCGAUGGCUUCUUCUUGGAGUUGCGCGAGCCGACCAGGAUCUGUAUUAGGUCGCAGCAGGGCAAGUAUUUGGGCGCCACCAAGAACGGAGCGUUCAAGUUGCUCGACGACGGCACCGACUCGGCCACCCAGUGGGAGUUCUAAAGAGAGAGAGAGAGAGAGAGAGAGAUGAAGAGAGAGCGUGCUCCAACCAGGAGGCGCAUCAUCAGUAUCACAUUUCCAAUCCCAUGUGCGCAAGAAAUGGAUCCUAAAUAAAGAUUUGCAAAAGGAGGAAAACACAAGAACGAGAACGCGAACGAGCGAGUGCGAGAAUGGAGCGAGUGUCGAACAGAAGGAAGAUAAUUUAUAUAUUUAUAUUCAUAUAUAUACAUACAUGCAUAUAUAUACGUAUAUAUAUAUUGAGAGAGAGGGAUUUUUUUUAAACAAUCUAUUUAGCUUUUUAUACGUUUUAUACACAAACAAGAAAAACAACAAUAACAAAUUUUAAGCGUAAAACAAAACAAAAAUACAAAGAAGAAAACAAAACUUUGGUCGCGAGUCCUUCCGUUCUAACAGAAAUAUCAGCCACUAAGCAAAACGAAACUUGAAACUAUAAAAAACAAAAACAAAGGUUAAAAAACAAUUAAAUAAUGGUUACGCAAGCACAUAAAUUACACACCUAUAUAUAUACAGACACACAUAUAUAUAUAUAGAUUUGAUUCGUCAAGCUUAAAGUAAAAUUCGAAGAUAUAAAGGGAAUACAGCCCACGAGUAGAAGAGAAAAGCAUGUGGGUAGAGGAAGGAUGGUAAAAAGUAAAUCAACACAUAUUCCUAUAAAUUUAUUUAUAUAUUUAUAUAUACAUAUUGAUAUGAGCAGUAGCACCCCUACCCCCCUAUACCUAUACCACCACCCUACACCCCCCUACACCAAUGCCCUAAAUACACAACCAAACCACACACUUAUACACACAAGCGCAAACACACUCUCAAGCAAGCAAUUUUAUUAUGCAAAAAAAAAAAUUUUUAGACAGUAAGAAGUCCAAUAAAAAUUAAUCUGUAAUAAAAGAAGAAAUUAUUAAAAGAAAAAAAAAAUUUCAUCUCCAAUUACUCUUGGCAAAGGCAUCAAUCAUAUCCUUCAUACAUACAUAUAUCUACAUGCAUACAUACAUAUAUAUAUAUCUAUACUAUAUAGUAUACUCUCAUGUAUUGUAUUAGUCUUUUGUUAUUUAUUUGUGCCAAUAAUUUGGUUUUUUUUUUGUAAUUUCUUUUCUUUUAUUUUCACACCUUAAACGUAUCUAAAAUGGAAAAAAAUCCCAAUUUAGUUGCUAAAUCUUAAAAUGGAAAUGAUGUAUGAUACAUAUGAAAUAUAUACAUACCAUAUACAUAUAUACAGGAUCCAACAGAAAUUUUGCUGGGUCAGUUCUGGGGGUAGAAAGCCUUGGGAUUAUCAACAGAUUAUGAAAUUCAGAUGCUGCUUCACUUCCAUUAGAUGCUUUGCAAGUUCCUCUCUCUAUAGUUUGACUUUUACUUGGCUGUCUGUAUGGGAGAUUGAAGACUUAAUCGAAAUAUAAAUGAAAGGGUGUGUGUGGUCGUUGGAGGGUCUCCCAGCAGGAUACUAAUUAUGAUAGCCUCUAAAAAGAUGUCUUUAAAUUCUUCAAAUGUUUCUCUGUCUCUGUUCACCAUCUUAAUAUAAAUGGUUUAAGUUUCUUUCCUUUAAUUAUUAAAAAGGAUUUUGUUUUUUGAA